GAGGGUCCCGCCUCGGCCGGCGGCGUCCGGGUAGCGCCGCUCCCGGUGUGGCGGAGACCGCUGCCAUGGAUGGAGACACAGAAUACAACAAAGUCGAAGAUGUCGUUGGCUGCCACGUUGAAGAUGCUGUAACGUUCUGGGCACAGAGUGUCAGUAGGUGUAACGACCUCUUGAAAUUGAGUUGUGCCCUGGCUGAUGUUUGUCCUCGGGCUAAUGCGAUUUUUGGCAAGCCUGAUUUUAAUAAGAUUUAYGGUGGGUGUUUUUCUGAAGAUGGAUGUUGGUACAGAUGUACAGUACAGCAAGUGAUUAAUGAUGAAAAGUGUCAGGUGUUGUACAUUGAUUAUGGAAACUCUGAGGUUCUAAACAGAUCAGAAAUAGUUGAAAUUCCAACAGAUUUGCAAUGUCCAAGUGUUGCCAAGAAGUACAAACUCUGGGGACUGCAGAUCCCAACUGAUCAGAACUUGAACAUGUUUGACCAGGGGAAGAAGUUUUUGGGCAGCCUAGUUUUUGAAAAAGAAAUAAAAAUACGAUACAAAGCCAAACAGGAGGAUGGUACCAUCAUUGUCCAAGCAGAAUACGAGAAAACAGAUAUUGGAGAAGAGGUAGCGAAGACAGGGUUUGCUGAAAAAUUCAAGUCUUCAGUAAGCACCAAAAAUGGGGAAGAGAAGAAAGCAGAUAUCAUACAAAACCAGCCUUGGAAUUUCAAAGUUCCAGUUCCUCUGUGGAUAAACAGAAACGACCGUUCGCUGAGCAGACCAAGAGGGCGCUUUGAGCAAGUAGUUGCAAAUUCAAGGAACGAGAACUUUACUGGAAACCGUAUGUUUCUCUCAAAGGAAAAAAUGUUAUCUUCUGGCUCAGCAUCUGACAACGGUUUGGAAAAACCAAGAAAAGAUCAGGUGCUGGUUGAAGAGAAUGAAAAGCUUAAGGCUGAGAAAGAAGUUCUCAGAAGGGAGAACGAGAGUCUUGUGCAGAUGCAGAAGGAACUAGAACUUCAAGUUGAGCAGCUGAAAUGUGAGCUUCAGAAAGGAACCUCUGCCGUCGUGCACACGAACAAGAAUGCUCGUUUUGGGGAAGACCUCUCUCAAGCUAUAGAAGUGGUUACUGAAGGAUGUCUCGCUGUUCCCUGUUCCUUGGAAAAAUUGCAGAAGACCUGGGUGGAGUAUGACUUGGCUCAAGAGAUGAUUCAGAAGUGCAAAAAUGCGGAUGAAAGAGAUGAAAUGAUUAUGAAGAGAAAUGAGGUGCAGGCCAAUCUAUAUUCUGCAGUGGAAGAAUUAAUUUUGGAAGUGGAUCAGCUGCCCCUCUCCGAGCGCUCCAAAACACUGCAGGCGCUGUCCGUGUCGCUGGAGGUGGCGUACGGCCAGGCUCACGAAGCAGAGGGGGCCGAGCAGGUGUUUGAGCAAUUCUUCAAGUGGCAGCGUGCUAAAACGGAGGAGUUUGUUCGUGUCCGAAAUGAUACAGAUGCUGCUCUGCAGACUCUCACCGACUGGUUCAGUGGCAUCGUAAAGUGUUUUGACCUGAUGGCAGAAGAAUCUUUGAAUAUUGAGGAAGUGGUCGGCAAUGUGGAUGAAGUUCUGAAAAAAGUUGAGCUGGAUAUUUGUAAAGAACUGGAGACUGACUUGGCUGAGCAUGAUGAGGCAGAUGAGAAAAUAAUUACAAGUGCUUACAAUGAAGUUAUACGUAAGAUUCGUCAAGAGCAGCAUCUAAUCACUGUCAUACAGAACAAAUACUCGGACAGUGUUGAGUUCAAAAAGCAGGCGGUGGAAUGGCUGAAUAAAAAACCGAAUACUGACAACUUAAUAUCCAUUAAGAAGACUCUGAAAAAUUUAAAGGCCCAGUUAAGAUGGAAGCUGGUUGAAAAGAGCAACUUUGAGGAAUCUGAUGAUUACAGUGAGCUUGAAAUGACAAGAAUAAAGGAUAAAAUUGCUGAACUGCGAAAUAGUGUUCUUCAAGAAAUAUACAAGGAACAAGAAGAAUAUGAGAAGCUUACGUAUUUGGUGCAGAAAUGGUUCCCCGAGUUGCCACUUCUCUAUCCAGAAGCAGGAAUCCUGAAGUAUAUGAAUUCUGGAGGGCUUCUGACACUUAGCUUGGAGCGAGACCUGUUAGACGUUGAACCCAUGAAAGAACUGAGCACGAAGCGGCCCUUGGUGUGUACAGAAAUUCAAGAUCAGAAGGUGCUUUUGAAGGGAUAUUCUGUAGAUACAAAUUCAGAAACCAAAGUGAUAGAAAGAGUUGCCAAAUAUCACAGAGCUUGGGGUCAGCAGAAGGAGAACUCGGGAUUAUUACAACUGAUGUUUCUUCUUUUCUGCAAGUCUGAUCCUCUGGUGUAUUUAAUGGUCCCAUAUUAUCCAGGGGCAAGUCUGGAAGCRUUACAGUCUGAUGCACCUUUAACAUUAAAAGAAGCGCUAAGAGUGAUGAAAGGAGUGGCCCAGGGUCUAAGCACGUUGCAUGGAGCUGGUAUAGUUCAUGGAUCUCUGCAUGGAAAUAAUGUUUUUGCUGUGAAUCGACAACAAGGGAUUGUUGGAGACUUCGAUUUCACAAAAACAGAGGAGCGCCGCGCCGCCGCGGGCGCCCUGGUCGCCGGCGCGCUCAGCCUGGUCUCGCCGGAGCUGCGGAGGGGGCAGCCGCCGUCUGCGGCCUCCGACAUGUACGCGUUCGGCGGCCUGCUGCUCUGGCUUUGUGCUCAAAACAAGGAGUUUGUCAUAAAGGAAGAUGGAACACCAGAGGUGGAUGUUGUUGAUACGGAUGAUAAAGUUAAAUCCCUUCUCCUGAAUCUGCUGUGCUGUGACAGACUGACAGCUGAGCAGGUCCUGAAGGACGAUUGCUUCCUCUCCAUGGAUGUGUUUCCCGUUUCACCACAGCCGAGUGAAGAACCUGAGCCGYGUGAAGAGCACGAGUCUGAAAAAGUGGAUAAACAGGAAGAGGGUGCAAAUAACUGAGGAAAGUGGGGCGAAUCCUACUGAGUAGAUGAAGAGCAUGUUCAACGGGUGUUCAAGACUUUUGUUUGUUUCUAGCUAUUUUCAAAACUAACUGUCAUAAUCUCACAUCUCCAAAUAUAAAAAUGUUUGAUAAGUAUAGUCAUGCUUUGUGAUUACACAGUGUUCACUGAGUUUUAUUUUAAAUAUGUUUARUUCUAAAUAAAUGUUCAAGGCUAUAACCUGUUGUGUUCAUUCUCACCAGAAAAAUUAACUUCAGUAUUUCUUUAAUUUGUUAUAUUGUUCAUGAUUUUGUUCUUAGUUUGUCAGAUUUUCUUUGUUCAUUCUGUAGACAUUAAUUUGCAGAGAGUCUUGUUAGAUUUGGAAGGCCUUAGGAUGAAGGCUUUGUGACUUGUUUUUGUAUCUAAUUUUCUAUCCCUCUUGCUGUGAUUUCAGAUUAACUGUUCCCAUUAAAAAUAGUAGGAUAUUACUGUUUUGUUGGAAUCUUUCUUGCAUAGCCAGGGCAUUCCUACAGCAAGUACCUUCAAGCCAAUGUGUAUGUGUGUAUUAUCUCUYCUUAAACCUUGCUUCUGCUAGCUUUAAAGUUUUGUUUUUGAUGACUGGGUUUGUCUGAAACACUUGGCCACACUGACAUUGGAAGGGCUUUCCAGYUGUUUUCUUUUCCAGGGCUUGCUGCUCAUCCUCUUGGAGAUUUUUCUUUCUUCAAAAGAAGCGGAUCUGAGUGUGAARUUUCUGUAGGGAUAUAUUUGGCCUCUGGGUGUUGCUCUUGGACAGUACAGUUGACACGCUAGUGUUUUACAGGGGAGUUAUUGAAGUUGAAUAGUGUCAGAUGAA